UUGAAAGUGUUAUUUGUUGGUAUCAAUCCUGGCAUAACAAGCGGCGCCAAAGGUCAUCAUUAUGCUAACCGCACAAAUCAUUUUUGGCCAUGUCUAUCAGAAAGUGGUCUCGUCGACAGAAAGUUGACGUUUGAAGACGAUGUGAACACACCCAAGCUAUACAGGCUAGGGUUUACCAAUCUGACACCUAGAACUACCCGAAGAGCCACAGAUCUGUCCUUGGCAGAACAACGAGAGGGCAUACCCAUACUAAACAGUAAAAUUGAAAAAUUCAGGCCCAGAAUUGCAUGUUUUGUUGGAAAGGGUAUCUACGAGAUUUACUCAAACAAGAAAUGUGACCAGAUGGGGCUUCAAACGGAUGUACGCAUAAAAUGGCAGGAUAGAGAUGGAGAAACAUUGAUCUUUGUCAUGCCAAGUACAAGUGGACUUGUAACGGCAUACAAGAAACCAGAUAGAAUAAGGCAA